ACAAGACUGUGCACAGUUUUAUAUGGUACAAAUGGUUUUCCUACGCUACUCAUUUGUUUUAAUUUUGUUCGGUGUCCUGCUGAUUGAUGGAAUCAGAGCGGCGCGGAGAUGGGAGUACGAACCUAUAUCGGUCGCUGGCAUCUCUUCGGAUGACAGUUUAGUAAGUUUCGAUAUGAAAAUCGUUCGCAUAUCUCGCGGCGAAUAUGGAAUAUCAGCCACAGUCGUCUGGGACUACGAUACAACUGACAAAACCAUGGUUGAGGCCGUUGUCUACCGAAGCUAUUCGGGAGAUGAGAGGGACUACAUGUUGCUCCCUUUUUCCAUUCCCAAGCAAUCGUUUUACGAUUACCUCAAUACCUACUAUAAGAAUGUGAUAAUGAAGAACUUUGGCCCCUGCUCCAAUGUUCCGCAGUUCAAGGACAAAUUCCAACCUCCAUGGCCAAAGCGGACUUAUAUUGCAGAAAAAUGCGUUUUUAGUGGCGAGGGAUUGCCUGAAAUCAUAUUGCCCGGAUUCUACAAGAUUAUAUUCAAUUGCAGUGGACCGAACGAGCCGUCAUGGGCCUUUGUUGCUAUUCUUAAAAUGAGAAACAAAAUAUUUUGAUGUCAACACUAUAAUGUGUUAUGGAAUAUGAAUAAAUUUUGAAAAAUUGUCAAUAAGAAAAGAGUUGGAAUAUCUAAAAUUGUAUUGUCAGCUUGAUACACAUACAAAUAUAUCUACUUUUAAUACCUUAAGCUGUAGUUGCACUACGAAAAAAACACAUGGAAAAAGAAAAACAGAUAAAUAAAU